AUGUCGGCCCCAAGGCCUGGCCAAGAAGGAUGCCUCGGCAGCGAGUUCUCUAUCCUGACGCCCAAUGCCAUGCUUGGUUAUGGCUACAACUCUGACCAUUUUUGGUACGGCAUCAAGAAGUAUAAGCCUGCUGCUAUCAUUGUCGACAGCGGCUCUACCGAUGGCGGACCUUAUAAGCUAGGCAUGGGCAAGAUGACCUGCGGUCGUGGGUCUUAUAUCCGUGACCUCGAGCCAAUUCUAGCCGCCUGUUUCCUUCAAAAAGUGAAGGUGCUUAUUGGCUCAGCAGGCGGUGAUGGUAGCAAUAAGCAUGUGGCCGAAAUGCUAGCCAUUGUGAGCGAAAUCGCCGAGCGGGAGGGUUACCAGUUUAAGAUCGCGACUAUUGAGUCGGGAAUGGAUAGGGAACUCAUAAAACAACGCAUAAUCGAUGGUCGUGUCGGGCCGUGCGGCCCUGUUGAGCCACUUACGAAAGAAGACGUGGACCGCGCCGUCGAUGUCGUUGCCCAAAUGGGUGCAGAGCCUUUCAUGGAGGCGCUUCAACACGACCCUGACAUUAUCCUCGGAGGUCGUUGCUACGAUCCCGCUCCCUUUGCAGCCUUCUGUAUCUCAAAGGGUGUUCUUCCGGAUGUCGCAUGGCAUAUAGGCAAAAUCAUGGAAUGUGGCGGUAUUUGUGCUAUACCCAAGGGCCGGUCGAUGGUUGCUACUAUGCGUAAGGAUUCCUUCGACUUGACGCCAUUAGCGCCAACAGAACGGUGUACACCAUUGUCCGUCGCUGCCCAUACAUUAUACGAGAAGACCAGACCGGAUCGACUCCCGGGACCUGGAGGGGUUUUAGUCCUGGAUCAGGCUCAGUAUACGCAAGUUACACCCAAGACUUGCCGAGUGUCUGGAGCCAAAUUUCUCACUACCCCGUACCAGGUAAAACUCGAAGGCGUUGCCUAUCUAGGUCACCGUACUAUUUUCAUUGGAGGCAUUCGAGAUCCAAUUCUUAUUAGCCAAAUCAACGACUUCUUGGAGGAAGUCCGUCAAUAUUCACACAACCUCUUCCCUGAACUUGACAAAUCAGAACACUGUCGGCUUAUCUACCAUAUUUAUGGUCAGAACGGUGUUAUGGGUCCUCUCGAAUCGGAGAAGUCGACACCUCACGAGAUUGCCGUCUUGGGCGAAGUCGUUGCUCCUACGGCGGAGCUGUCCUAUACUAUUGCCAACAAUGUGAGGGCCUCUAUAUUGCACUAUGCUUAUCCAGGCCAGGUGGCCACCACCGGAAACUUUGCAAGUCCUUUAUCACCCCACGAGCAAGAUGCUGGAGGUGUCUUCAAAUUUAGCCUCUACCACCUCGUUGACCUCAACCAGGGAGAGGAGACAUCUUUAUUUCCUAUCGCUACCCACCAUAUUGGCUCUGCGGACACCCCUACAAAGCCUUUGCCUGUCAUAUCAGGUGAGACUUUCUAUGAGCUUGAGAACGGGGCGCUUACGCCCCUGACCAUCAAGGAGGUCCCCACGGGCGAGACCAAACUGAGUAGCCUGGCUCGCAUCAUUCGAUCCAAGAACUCUGGACCAUUCGAGAUGACCUUUGAUGUCAUGUUUGAUCAGAGAAACGUUUACGACCGUGUCAAGGCAGCAAACGUUCUAAUCAAUGACACCAUUAAGAAGCUCUAUCAGGUCGAGGAUAAGGAAAUCCUCACAAACAUGUACUUUGAGCCUGCUUUGGCCUGGAAAUGUACUAUUCGGCGACCGUGGGCCCAGGGAAGUGUCGGCGAGCUUGACACUCUCGGAACCCAGCAGCACGGCCCGCUUUUGAACAUUCUAGUGCCCGCUCCCCAGACUUCUUUGAAUGGAGCUUCAGAAAACGUCAGUAGCAUCAGCGCGCCGAAGAGAUAUUCCAAUGGCACAGCACCUGAUCGGAAAGCAUUCACGGCCAAGGAUGUGGUAGAGGAAAUCUGGGCCGGCCUGAAGCUCCCAUCCGCAACACUCGACUCCCUCCAGCUGCCGGGCGACGAUGGGAAGCCCCAGCUGCCUUCGUCUUACAAAGUUGGAAUCCUGGCGCAAAGUUCCAUUGCCUUGUCUGCCUUGGCAGCAGCCCAAGUUGAGACACUCCGGAACACCACAUCACCGCCUCCCAAGGUAAGGGUGUCCGCUGAGCACGCAGCUGUGGAGUUCAAGUCCGAGAGGCUAUAUAUCCUCGACGGGAAGCCUCCGCCCUCUCCUUGGGGCUCAAUAGGUGGGCUCCAUAAGACUUCGGACGGGUACAUUCGCAUUCAUGACUCAUUCUCCAACCACGGUGACGGCAUGCUUGAGCUCAUGGGCCUCCCUGUUGGUUCAAAUCGUGAGGAAUUGUCCAAGAAGAUCGCACCCUGGACAGCGAUCGACCUCGAGUGUGUCGCCCUGGAGAACAAGCUUGCCGCAUAUGCCCUACGAUCGUACCAGCAGUGGGACUCACUGCCGCAAUCCAAGGCCGUCAGCAAUUUCCCCAUCUCGCUUCAACGACUCUCCACAGGAGACGCCAAGGGCCUGCCUGACCGGUUGUUGCAUGCCAGCGGCUCUAGAUGUCUCCGUGGCCUCCGAGUCUUGGACUUAAGUCGUGUAAUAGCGGCACCCCUGUGUGGGAAGAUCCUAGCUGUUCACGGCGCAGAUGUCAUAUGGGUCACGUCACCUAAUCUGCCUGACCUACCUGCUAUUGAUAGGGACUUAGGCAGGGGCAAACGGACUAUCCAACUGGACAUCCAUAAACCUCAGGACAAGGAGACACUCUUGAAACUCAUUGAGGAUUGUGAUGCAAUCGAGGGUGGAUCAUUCAGGGUAGAUGUCUCCCUGGCCGGGGUAAUGAAAUACCUACGCAGCUUGGGAUCAUACCCUGAAGCUACCGGAUUCGAGGUCAGGGAUUUUGCAAGCUCGCAAGAUGUGCCGGAAAGGUACAUUGAGACCAAGAAUACGGGCUUUGGUAUGAUGCAGGCUAUCAAACACAGCGCGUCUAUCGAGGGGCAUGAGGUCAAAUGGGAUGUUAUGCCUAAGCCACUAGGCUCGGAUAAGGCGGAAUGGUUAUAA